GUGUGCUGAUUGGUGGAGACGGUGUUUACAUCACUGGGGGUCAGAAGUCGUCUGUCUGAACUGAUUUAUGUGGUUUCUUGGAUGUUUUCGGUGUGGUCUCGUCAUGUUUGCUGUGCGUGUGUCCGUCCUCUGUUAUCUGCUGUGCAUGAGCUCUGGAUCAGUUGAAGAGGAGAAUCCAGAGUUCUGGAGGAGUUCGGCUCAAAACACACUGCGUUCGGCUCUCGGCAGAAAACUCAACACUAAUGUGGCCAAAAACAUUGUGCUGUUUCUGGGAGAUGGUAUGGGUGUUACCACCAUCACGGCUGCCCGGAUCCUGAAGGGUCAGUUACAAAACCGCUCUGGAGAGGAGACCGUCAUGAAUAUGGACACAUUCCCGUUUGUGGGUCUCGCUAAGGUGUACACAGUGGAUUUUCAGAUUCCUGACAGUGCAGCGACGGCUACAGCGUAUCUGUGUGGAGUCAAAACCAACCUGAACACUGUUGGUGUGAGCGCAGCCGCUCGCAACGGUGUGUGUCGCUCGCAGAAGGGCAACGAGGUCACCUCCAUCCUCAAAUGGGCUAAAGACGCAGGGAAGUCUGUGGGUAUAGUGACAACAACACGUGUUCAACACGCCACUCCUGCUGCUUCAUACGCUCACAGCGCCAGCCGGACGUGGUACAGUGACGCUGACCUGCCGAAUACUGCCGUCACAGGAGGCUGUAUGGACAUCGCCUCACAGCUGCUUCGAAACACCGACAUAGACGUGAUCAUCGGAGGAGGUCGGAAGUACAUGAUGCCUAAAGGGUUUCCUGAUCCGGAGUAUCCCGCAGACCUGAAAGCACAAGGACAGAGAAAAGACAACAGAAACCUCAUAAAUGAGUGGCUGAGCAUGAAGGAGGGAAAGGUUGCGAGAUACGUGUGGAAUAAGACAGACUUCGAUGCAGUGGAUCCUGACAAGACAGAUUAUCUGAUGGCUCUCUUUGAGCCGGGUGAUCUUCGGUUUGAUGUGGAGAGAGAUCCCAGCAUGGAUCCCUCCAUCUCAGAAACCACAGAGAAAGCCAUUCAGAUCCUGAAGAAAAAUCCCAAAGGAUUCUUCCUGCUGGUCGAAGGUGGUCGUAUCGAUCAGGGACACCAUGACAGUCGAGCAUCCAUGGCGCUGCAUGAGGCGGUUGCCCUUGACGACGCUGUCGCCCGCGGACUGGAGCUGACCAAUGAGGAGGAGACUCUGACAGUCGUCACAGCUGACCACUCCCACGCAUUUACUUUCAACGGCUACCCGUUCAGAGGGAACAGCAUUCUGGGAAAGUCUCCAAUCUUUGCCAUGGACCUUUUACCCUACUCAACUCUGAUGUACGGAAACGGACCGGGACACAAAAUAAUCGACAACAAGCGUCCAGACAUCCGUAACGUCGACACCACCGAUAAGGACUAUGUUCAGCAGUCGGCCGUCCCGCUGGAUUCUGAGACCCAUGGAGGCGAGGAUGUGGCUCUGUUUGCCCGUGGACCCAUGGCUCAUCUUUUCCAGGGAGUUUACGAGCAGAACUACAUCGCACAUGCCAUGGCAUUCGCGGCCUGUGUUGGCACCAAUCAAGAGCACUGUGCUGCCACUGCUGAACCUGAUGAGAUUCCCUUCACAUCCACUGACCCUGGAAGCUCCGCCCCCAACACGCCCCUCGCUGCCAUGACGACAGUGAUGCUGAGCGUAUGGAUGAGUGUUUUACUGCACUGAGAGAGAGAGAAUGCAUCAGAUAUUCAUAAAGAUGCUCUCUUGACAUUUACAUAACCAAAAAAAACUUUUUCUAUAAAAAUUUACAUACUUCUCAAUUAAACAUAUUUUUGAGUAAGAAGAAAAAUUAAUAGGAUGGGACUUGAUUGGAUCAUGAAAGUGGAGUAUGAUAUUAAUGAUUAAUAUUAUUUCUCCACAUACGAGUUUGUAGAU